UCGCCUGGCGUGGGACCCGAGCCCGAAGACGCGGUGGGGCAGGGGCAGCGGGCAGGGCAGCAAAGCAAGCAAGCAUCAUUCCUGUGCGGACCGAGCUUAGAGCCACAAGCCAGAGCAGACCCUCGCUCCUCGCGCCGCAGCGACCUGGACUCGCGUCACCACGAAGUGCAAGUGCAGUGAAGUGCAGUGCCCAGUGCAUCCCUUGGAUUUUUACUCAUCGACUCGACCGUCACCAUGCGUUCACCAGCGGAGAGCAUCGCCACCUCCUACCCCAACAUGGCCGACUACGAGCACGAGCCCAUCUCCAGGACGUACCAGUACAGAAAGGUCAUGAAACCAAUGCUUGAACGAAAACGCCGCGCCCGCAUCAACCGCUGCCUGGACGAGCUCAAGGAGUUGAUGGUCGGCGCGCUGGCUUCCGAGGGCGAGAACGUGAGCAAGCUUGAGAAGGCCGACAUCCUGGAGCUGACGGUGCGCCACCUCCACAACCUGCGCCGCCAGCGCGCCCUCGGACUCACCCCCGAGUCCGCGUACGCAGACCGCUUCCGUGCCGGCUUCACGCACUGCGCCGCCGAGGUCACCAACUACCUGACCGUGCGCGCCAACCUCGAGGGCCCCGUCGUGGACCCGUCCGCCAGCGCCAAGCUCCUGCAGCACCUCAGCACUUGCAUCCGCAAGAUCGACAGCGACCUGCAGGUGCCCACCGGCUGCCCACCCGGGAUGGAAGGCGGCAGCUGCCCCUGCCAGGACCACUGCGGCGCCGCCGAGCUCACCCUGCCCGCCCACCACCACGAGCUGCACCGCCACGACGAACGCCGUGCACUGGAGAGCCCCUACACGCCCCCGCUCAGCCCCGGGGCCAGCGUCACCAGCGAGUCGGAGCCCACCAUGAUCGAGUCCGGCGACGAGGGCUCCGUCUGGAGGCCCUGGUGACUUCCUCGACGACGUUCUGUGUGUUUGUGACAAUGUGUGGACGUGUGCGUGCUUGUGUGUGUGAAUGUGUGUGCGUUUGUUGCACUAUUUAUGAUAGAUUUUUUCUAGGAAGCAUUUUGUGAUCAUGUUAUAGUUGAAAGUACCGUUUGUGCAUUUAUAGUAUUGAAUUGAGAUCUCCAUUCGGAUUUGUAUAAUUUGCGGACUGUGUGGGUGUAGCGAGUAGGUGUCGACGACCAUGGCUCGUCUUACUGAAUUGUGGCUUUAAUAGAUUGUAAGAGAGAAUCUCCACUGUUGUGGUAAAAAAUUUGAUGUGAUUUAAUUCGUCCCUGUUGAAUUUUUCAAAAAAGUUAUGUUUUUGUUGGAUUUUGAGAAACGUGCGGAGUGUUGUAAAAAGAAAACUUUAGUUUUAAAUGUAAAUUUUAUUGAAAAUUUCAUACUUUAGCUUUAAUUGUUAUCGAAAUUUUCAAUUUGAAUAUUUUUCACACAGUUUUCACUCUUAUAUAGUUUUGAAAUUUUGUUGAUUUGGUGAAAUACUGUGAUAUAUAUAUUAUUAUUGUUUUGUACCUGAAAAGCGAUUCAUAGUAAUUAUGAUCUUGUAUAGCAUCUCUGCUGAUUGUGCUCUCUGUACAGUAAAUUUAUCUCUGUCCUGAAGUGAUAUGCAAAUUUUCCAGCCACCAUGACUUCAUGUUUGCUAAGACUGUGAAAAGGAUUUGCGAUGACUGCUACAUAGUUGAAUACAUUCUAUUUUAAAAACUUAA